CGGAAGCUGCGUGAGUCGGCGAGGGCGGCUGUGCCCGGCUCAAACGUGGCCGUGGCUGCGUCACCAGCCCUCGCCUGGCUGUCCCGGCUCUGACUAGAGGGCGCUCGAAGACAGCCAGGCAAGCUGAGCAGACAUUCCGGAGGACCUUCUGCUUGCCGGUCUUCCUCCCAGUACGAAGCCAGCUGAAGUGUGGCUGCUGGGCGGAGCUGCGGAGCUUUAAAGGGGAGGGAGGUCCUGCAGAAAUGAAUUGGAUGGACUCAAACCUGUAGGAGCGAUCGAGUCUUGGACACUGUGAGAGGAUGGUGCAACUCUAUCGCUUUUUGUUGAUCCCCACUCGCCUAACACUUAAAGUCUCCACGGUCUUGUACCGGCUGGGUGUGUUUGGUAUUGCUUGCCUCACUGCAGUCUUCUACUCUUUGAGGGUAUUAUAUUUGGUACUGACGAAGGGGACUAGCCUGAUCUUUAAGAGGAAGCGUGAUGUGCCACCAAGCUGCUUAACUGACACAUCCUGCGGGGAGCACCGAUAUUUGAUACUUGGGAACUCAGGGCUGAGGUUCCACUAUGUGGUAGCUGGCCAGGAAGGGGCACAAUUGAUGCUUUUCUUGCAUGGAUUUCCCCAGAAUUGGUUUGCCUGGCGCCAUCAACUGAAGGAAUUUAGGCAGGCGUUUAAGGUGGUGGCAAUCGAUUUGCGAGGCUAUGGCUUCUCUGAUUCACCAGUUGGCUGUGAGCACUAUCAAAGGGAACCUUUAUUGGAGGAUAUACGAGGGAUCAUCGAGACACUAGGCUCUAAUGAGAAGAAUGUAUUCACUAAGUGCAUCCUGGUAGGACAUGACUGGGGCGCAACCAUUGCUUGGGAGUUUGCUGCCAAUUACCCCAACAUGCUGGAGAAGUUAAUUAUCCUGAAUGGUGUUCAGUCAUAUGUCUUCUUAGAAUAUAUUACACAACACCCCAGGCAGAUACUGCAGUCCAGCUACAUGUUCCUGUUUCAACUUCCCAAAGUGGCAGAGUUUCUGUGGUCCUGUGAUGAUUUUCAUAUACUAAGGAAGAGUAUGACUAGCAAGAAGAGAGGAAUUCAGAAUCCAGCACACCAGCUGACAGAGGAGGAGUUGGAUGCCUAUCUCUAUGGACUCUCCGGUCCUGGAGGUUUAACUCCGCCCAUUAAUUACUACAGGAACAGGCACAGUUGGGUUCCUGCAAAGCGCAAGGAUAUACUGGUGCCCACCUUGCUGAUCUGGGGAGAGAAAGAUGCAUACUUGGAAAAAGGACUUAUCCCAUCUAUACAGCAGUAUGUACGGAAGAGCAUCAAGGUGCAUUGCAUCCCUGAAGCUGGCCACUGGGUUAGCGAGGAUCAACCUGAAAAAGUCAAUCAGCUGAUAUGGGAUUUUCUUCGGGAGAGAGAAUGAGGAUGAAUUAACUGCUCUGUAUACAGAAGUAUCCCAACUUCUCUGCUCAUUUCUGCACCAUAUUGGAGCCCGAAUCCCACGGAACUAAAUGACUUUGCCAUCGGACACUUGUUCUUUAAGGAGGAUUGCUUCAGGAUUUCUGGUAUGGGGCUUCCUGACAAGAGAACCACAAAGAUGCUGUGCUCCACAACAAGUGGUCUAGCUCUGUAGUGUCAUGUUGUAAUACUUGAGGAAGAGCAAUAUCUUUCGUAUUUCUCUUGUUCUCUGUACCUUGACACUGCUGAGUCUUCAGCUAAUCUCUGUGUUCUCUGUUCUAGCCUUGGGGUUUUUUUUUUGCAUUGACACUGAAUUGCCUUGGCUGUAAGGGGGAGAGGAUUAGUCUUGGAUUGUGUGAAAAUCAGUGGUUCUUCAACAUGAAUUCAAGCUAUGCUCUGCCAUUGUACAUCUUAUACUAACCUGAGCAAGUUGAACUAUCAACAAAUCAAGAGGAAGUUGCCUGUUAACAUGUAAAAUUGUUUGGAUGCAUGAGCGUCCUGGUAACACCUACUAGCACAAUAGGUGUUAACACAGAUGUGAACAUCCUGGCAACACCUACUAGCGCAGGAAAAUAAUUGGUUGGGAUGAAAAGAUUAAAAUUAAUUUAUUCCUGUGAUCAAAGCGGAGUUGAAUAAUUGCUUUAAGAGUGUAUAGCAUGCCCUGUGUGUAUAAAUAAAGGGACUGCUCAGUGUAAAAGGGAGUGCCUGUGUACCACUUGCAAGGAAAACUUGUCAAUGUGUUA